AUGGCUGACCCCUCUUUGUACACGUUUCCUUCGCCGCUUGAAGGAUACCGAGGUCUGGAGCCACUAUCGAUCGAGAAGUGCACGGAAGGCCCGAAUGCAAAAGCUUUCAUCAACCCGGCCCCUACAACGCCAUCACAAGCCUACAACGCCUUCACGGAUCCAAUCUCUAACGGCACGCGAGGCGGCUUCGACAUCCAUAUCUACUACGUGCAGACCAACGAGGACGAAGUUCACUUUGCGACCGAGCUGCACGAGCGUAUCAGGCGAGAGUUUCCCGAGUUGCGCAUCUACCGCGUAUGGGACCGACCAGUUGGCCCGCACCCGGUGGCUAUGUUUGAAGUGAACGUUCACACGCCGCAGCAGUUUGGUGCCUUCAUUCCUUGGCUCGUAAUCAACCGAGGGCCACUGAGUGCACUUGUGCAUCCGAACACUGGUGACGAUGUGAGAGAUCACACCCAGUUGGCGACAUGGAUGGGCCAACCUAUUCCGCUGCAGGUAGGCUUUUUACGGCAGUUUGUGAAACGCAAAGCGGAGAGAGAGCGGGCGGCACAAUCAAAUGGUGCCGCGGUUUGA